CCUCUUAGCUUUAGCAUUAGCUUUAGCGUUUAGCUCCUGGACGUGAACUCUGCUGGUUUUUAUCUAUUUUAAACAGAAGUCAGGAACAAAUCAACAUCAGUAUUUGUUUGAAUUCUCUUUCCGAAGAUAAUUCGUUGUUUCUGUUUCCGGUUCCUUUCGCUUUUCUCCUUUAACGCGUUUAUAACCCUGACAAGCUAAUGCUAACCAGCUAGCAGCUAACCCUGUCAGAGCAGAAGUCAAAGUGAAGCUUAAAGUUUUGAUGAAUUCAUAUUAAAAUUCAUAAGAAUGAGAAGUUUCCUCGGGUUUAAAACUCAGCAGCUGCUCAGAGGAGUCUUCAGCUCGUCAUCAGCAGUGCGAUGGCGAGCCGCUGGGACCCGCCUCCUCUGCAGCUCGUCACCCGAUGAGGAGAAACGCCGCCCGUCCAUGCUGAGACACCUGACCUCCAAACUCAAAUCCACUGGUCCCAUCUCAGUGGCCGAGUACAUGAGGGAGGUUCUGACCAACCCUGUGACGGGUUAUUAUGUGAAGAACAACAUGCUCGGACCGGACGGGGAUUUCAUCACCUCCCCUGAGAUCAGUCAGAUCUUUGGAGAGCUGCUGGGCGUGUGGAUCCUCAGCGAGUGGAUCGGAGCCGGGCGACCCAAUCAGCUGCAGCUGGUGGAGCUGGGACCUGGGAGAGGAUCGUUGGCCAGCGACGUCCUGAGGGUGUUCACUCAGCUGCGGUCGGUUCUGUGUGAGGCCUCGGUGUCGGUCCACCUGGUGGAGGUGAGUCCGGCUCUGAGUCGUCUUCAGGCUCAGACUCUGACCGGGGACGGCAGCCGGGCGGCGGACGCAGAGGACGAGCUGGUUUACCGCCGCGGGGACACGCCCACCGGCCUCCCGGUGUCCUGGUACCGCCGCCUGGACGACGUCCCCUCAGGUUUCAGCAUCUUUAUCGCUCACGAGUUCUUCGACGCUCUGCCCAUCCACAAGUUUCAGAGGACGGAGAAAGGCUGGAGGGAGGUGAUGGUCGACAUCGACCCGGAGAAGUCCGACCAGCUGAGGUUCGUCGUGACGCCGUCUCCGACCAUGGCCUCGUCCACAUUCGUUCAUGCCGAUGAAAGGCGGGAUCACGUGGAGGUGUGUGCAGAGGGGGGGGUCAUCGUCCAGCAGCUGGCCCGGCGGAUCGUGGAGGACGGCGGCGCGGCGCUGAUCGCCGACUACGGCCACGAAGGAACCAAGACGGACACGUUCAGGGGUUUUAAAGGUCACCGGCUCCACGACGUCCUGGCGUCCCCCGGCUCGGCCGACCUCACCGCCGACGUCGACUUCAGCUACCUGCGCAGGACAGCUGGAGGGGGCGUGGCCUGUUUGGGACCUGUCACUCAGAGGACGUUCCUGAAGAACAUGGGCAUCGACACACGGAUGCAGGCUCUGCUGAGGAACUGCAGCGACCCGUCCACCAGGAAGCAGCUGAUCAGCAGCUACGACAUGCUGACCAACCCGGAGAAGAUGGGCGAGCGCUUCCACUUCUUCAGCCUGCUGCACCUCAGCCGCCUCGCCAAACCCACGAGGGCCACGGGGAUGAAGCUGGAGAAGACCAGCCCGGCGCCGCUGCCCGUGGCCGGGUUCACCGAGCUCAGCUUCUCCUAGAGCGUCUGAAACAUCUGGAAACAACUGGACUCUUGAGGGACAUGAAACAGACUUUACAGAAGAUCGAAGAGAUUUGAAGGAUCCUGUACAAGACAAUAUUUAUUUGUUUUUGAAGCAACAUUAUGCAGCUGGAUGAAAGUGAGUCUGAUGUGUGAGUGUGAAGAAGAGAAAGUUUCCUCCUUCUCUC